CGCUGGCCAAGCGCGCCAACGGGCUGGAAGGCGCCGUCUUCGUCCCUUCCCAGGACAACUGUCUCCGGGACGUGGAGCACGGCUCCUACGAGUGCGCCGGCAAUCUGAUGUCGCCCGACUACCGCCACAGAAUCGACGAGCUGUUUUACGUGCCGUCGGACAUUGCAGUCGUGAGCGCAGAGUGGAUGCAUCACAGCUGGGGGCAGCCGUACGACUUCACGCACCCGGGCGUGACGACGGCCACGACGACGAUAACGCGCCGGGUUUCGCCCGCCAGCACCACCACACCGCGUAAGACGCUCGCCGGACGUGCCGCUACUCCUGCCGACGCGCCCAUCACAAUGGCGGCGUCGGACGGUCCGUGGUACUCGAAAUUCGACACGUUGAUGGAGCUCUUCUUCACCACCACGGAUGUCGACGGCCACUCGAAGAUCACCCGCGUGCAUGUGAGUGAGAACGAGGACGGGAGUUUCCGGACGCUCACGAACAAGCGACCGGCGCCUACCACUACCAAUACGACGACGGUGGUCCUGGAACUUGUCACGAUGACGACGACGAUCGCCAAGGGAGAAUGAGGUGCUUGAUGGGAGGAUGUUACGGGGGCGCGGGUUUCUGGUUGUUGUUGUUUUUUUGCUUCUUGUGCUUUCUGCUGUGUGUGGCUGUUGCCUUGCGUGCCUUUUUCGCUGUGCUUGUAGCUCUUACUGCUACAUGCCUUGUUGCCUUUUGCUUUGGGAGAAUGCGAAUAUUGCAGGACGUUGGAGAUGGCUACCUUCAAUACCCAUAGUACAAGGUAU